AUGGUUUGUGUUGCCGUCGACUGGGUUGUUCUUCAUCAGACUCACUUGACGACUACUUCACAAGCAAGCAAGCAAGCAUCAGAGCAAUCGUCCAUUCGAAAGCACACCGGCAAUCAAAUCAAUCGAACACCAUCCAUCGACCACUCCAUCACUCCAUUCCAUUCCAUUCCAAUCCAAGCCAUCCCACCCGCCCCUCAACCGCAACCCCACCGACCAGUCACUAUGUCCUCCCAGUCCCUGACCCCCCGCUCCUCCCUCGAAACCACCAAAACCAGCUUCACAACCUCCACCACAAGCACCUCCACCUCUACGGCCUCGCUCCUGCCCAAGCCGUCCAGCAAAGCCGCGCAGCUCUGGUCCGCCAUCAAGAAGCAUGCCAAAGAGCACCACGAGAGCGUCAACAACGCAUACGCGUUGUACUACGGCCAGGGGCAGAUGAGGACGUAUCCGCAGCAGCCGCAGUCGCAGGCGCAGGCGCCGGAUCGGAGGGGCUAG